CCAGCUCCUUCGCAGCGAGCGGCAGAGCCGGGGCCUGCGGCCUGGGCUCCAGGGAGGAUGAAGCAGGCCCUGGUGGAUGAUACUGAGGAUGUAUCCUUGGACUUCGGCAACGAAGAGGAGCUGGCCUUUCGGAAAGCCAAAAUCAGGCACCCCUUGGCCACCUUUUUCCACCUGUUUUUCCGAGUGAGUGCCAUCGUCACCUACGUGUGCUGUGACUGGUUCAGCAGAAGCUUUGUGGGCUGUUUUGUCACUGUGCUUCUCCUUCUGUCCUUUGACUUCUGGUCUGUGAAGAACGUAACCGGGAGGCUCAUGGUGGGCCUCCGCUGGUGGAACCAGGUGGAUGAAGAUGGGAAAAGCCACUGGAUUUUUGAGGCCAGAAAGGUGUCUCCGAACAACAUCGCUGCCACGGAAGCGGAAGCCCGGAUCUUCUGGCUCGGCCUCAUUAUUUGCCCGAUGAUCUGGAUCGUGUUCUUCUUUAGCACCUUAUUUUCCUUGAAGCUCAAGUGGCUGGCCCUCGUGAUAGCUGGGAUUUCUCUCCAGGCUGCUAACCUGUAUGGCUACAUCCUUUGUAAGAUGGGAGGCGAGAGUGACAUCAGCAAAGUCACAGCCGGUUUUCUGUCCCAGACGGUGUUCCAGACGGCUUAUUCAGAGGCAGCAGUAGCUGAAGGGAGAGGUUCUGUCAUCAAAUGAGCUUCCAGCAGAGAAUUCCAUGACCAACAAGCCAUUGGUUUUCAGUGAAGCAGGCCUUGGGGAAGGUUUGAGGAGACGAUUUUAUUUUUUAAAUGGCACAUUUAUAAACAACGCCCUUUACAUGUGUUGUAAAGAAAAUGGUACAAGUAUUAGAUGAUUAAAGUGUCUGCUAAAGUGACUUUA